AUGAGUGAAGAGCCAGCGGUCACCCCCAGCUGGUUGACCCCUGACCCCACAGCAUGGGCCAGUGGAGGCGGGGGACCGAUGGACAACAGCACCAGCCUGGGGACGUUCCCACCGGACUCCCUCCCACCCAGCCAGCUGCCGCUGCUUGUCAACCCCUGGGACAUUGUGCUGUGCUCAUCGGGGACUCUGAUAGCCUGUGAGAACGCCCUGGUGGUGCUGGUGAUCUGGCAGAACCCGUCGCUCAGAGCUCCUAUGUUCCUGCUGAUUGGCAGCCUGGCGCUGGCCGACCUGCUGGCCGGCCUGGGCCUGGUGCUUCACUUCACCUGUGCCUACUUGCUUCGUUCCGACUCGGCCCAGUUGCUGACUGUGGGCCUGGUGGUGGCCUCCUUCUCUGCCUCCGUCUUCAGCCUGCUGGCCAUCACCAUUGACCGCUACCUGUCGCUGUACUAUGCCCUCACCUACAACUCAGAGCGGACAGCAGCCUUCACCUACACCAUGCUGGUGCUGCUGUGGGGUCUCUCCCUGUGUCUGGGCCUGCUGCCGGUCACAGGUGUCAACUGCCUGGCAGAGGCGGCUACAUGCAGCGUGGUGCGGCCACUCACAAAGAACAACAUCGCCGUGCUGUCCGUCUCCUUCCUGCUGCUCUUCGGUCUCAUGCUGCAACUCUAUGUCCAGAUCUGCAAGAUUGUGAUGCGCCACGCUCACCAGAUCGCCCUCCAGCACCACUUCCUGGCUGCCACGCCCCACUACGUCACAACGCGGAAGGGCGUGUCCACGCUGGCCAUCAUCCUGGGUACCUUUGCUGCCUGCUGGAUGCCAUUCACUGUCUACUCUCUCAUUGCCGACUACACCUACCCUCCACUCUACACCUACGCGACCCUGGUGCCUGCCACCUACAACUCUGUCAUCAACCCGGUCAUCUACGCCUUCAGGAACCAGGAGAUCCAGAAGGCACUGUGGCUGGUGUGCUGCGGCUGCGUGCCGGCCAGCGUGGCCCAGCGUGCACGGACCCCCAGCGACGUCUGA